AAUCCCAACUCAUCGUACAAUAUACAAAAGUUGAAGGUAGAACGAACAACUCUGUUGAGAAAGCAUGGCGACUCUGGAUUCCGACGUGCAAAUGGUUCCCGCCGACGAUCCCUCCGCCGCCGGCGCCGGUCCUUCUUCUUCUUCCAAGAAACCCAAGCGCUUCGAGAUCAAGAAGUGGAACGCCGUUGCUCUCUGGGCUUGGGACAUCGUUGUCGAUAACUGUGCUAUCUGCCGAAACCACAUCAUGGAUCGCUGUAUUGAGUGUCAGGCCAAUCAGGCUAGCUCCACUGCUGAUGAGUGCACUGUUGCUUGGGGUGUUUGUAACCAUGCUUUUCAUUUUCAUUGCAUUAGCCGAUGGCUCAAGACCCGUCAAGUAUGUCCUCUAGAUAACAGUGAGUGGGAGUUUCAGAAAUACGGUCACUAGAACUUUGAUGCGGUUGAGCACAUUCUGCCUACUCUGACAUUUGGACUAUAUCUAUAUUUUUACUGAUCUUUUAUAGCUCUGUAUGCAUGGUUUCUAACCAUCUUUUAACAUAUUGUUGAAUUACUGCUAAUUAGCGUACUGUGUAAGGAAUUAAAAAAUGAAUAGUUAUUGAAAUUACAGUAUUAUCAGUACAUUACUUUGUA